AUGGAAGAGGAAAAAGAAGACGAGGCCAAUAAUGCAUCUUGCAAAUGGUUGGAGCAACCCAUAUUCGAAUCAACAACCUCUUGGUUGUUGUAUUUCUGUUGUAUGUUGGUCGAGGGGAAGGUUACGAGGGGAACCGGACACGGGUUGUGGUGCCAUGGGUUAAGCGGGUUAGGAGCCAAGUGUCAGGGUGCAGGGGCCGGCGUUGGGUUUGUGAGGAAGGUGGGUACCCAUCUCGGGUUAGAAGAAGGUGUUGUGAUAACCGUUGUGUUGAGAGGUGUUUGUGUUGAUACCAAUAUCAACUCGUUUAAUUGUGGCCAGUGUUUCAAUCGCUGCCCAUUUUUUGUUUUUUGUACUUACGGACUGUGUGGCUAUGCGGGGUCCACAACUUUAAAGCCUCCAAUUCUGUUUCCGCCUAAUCCCCGGAAGCCUCCUAGAGGACCAGAACAACCCGAACCGCCUGUUAUUGUUGAGCCUCCAGAAUUCCUGAUGCCGCCUCUAUAUGAUGCUCAACCACCUAUGCCCUAUGCUUCAAGGUCGGCCACCACCACAACAUGA